GCAGAAGUAGCAUUCGCAAAUCCGCCUUCCAUGAGCGAAAUGGACAUGGGAGCCAUGGGCGCAUGGGCUGAAAUCAUGGCAGAAGAGCAGGUACAAUCUGCGCCUCCAAGCGAAAAAAAUGACGAGCACGAUUCGACACAAGAGCAGAGUGCAGAGGAAAAUAACGGCAGCAGCACGAUGAGAAAACAAUCAGAACAACAGCAAUAUUUUGCAGUGCAGGUGACGAAUUUGCCUGCUUGCACAAAUGAAGAACUUUUCUAUCAUUUUGGAGGUGAUAGUGUGGUGCGCGACAUCGCAUUUUUACCCGAUCGUCGAUGUGCGGCAAGAAUUGACUUGCACACAAUUGAUGGAUUGAAACGUGCAAAAGAGCUUGAUGGGCAGCAAUUUAGGGGCAGGACCCUUAGAGUAUACGAGAUUCGAGAAGACAGAGUACAGAGGCAAAUACCUCAUGAGUUUACAAAUCGCCAGUUUAGUAACGAACCACCACCAUAUAGCAGAGAAAGCAGCAGGUACUUUUAUUCUUUUGUUUGUUUAGUCAAUUUUUGUCCUCAUUCUCUGUUUGCAUUGCCCUAA